UCAACCGCGUGACACCUCUGCCCUGAGCCGCUUGGCCGCGGACGAGAACCACACCUUCGGCAAGCGACAGGGAUCGCCCACCUCCUCCGUUCGCAGCGAGAUCCGGAAGCGGGCGGAGCGUGGCACCGCGCAAGGCGGUCGUCAUCGCCACCUGACGGAAGUCGUACGAGUCCCUCUUAUUCCUAACUCUUUGCAUCGUAAACCCUAGCUGUUGUUUGAUUUGCUUGACGUACGCCAACUUAAGAGGAAUAAUUUAGAAGAGAAAAAGGUCACUCCACUUAAUCAUGCAAGACGAAGCAAAAGAGGAAAGCAACAAACUUGAGAACAAGAAAGAUAAGAAGGAUAGGAAGAAAAAGCGGAAAGACAAGAGGAUGGAUGGUGAGAGCGGUGAUAAAGUGGAACAGGGUUUCGAUGACUGUGAUGUGAGUGCAGCCUUGGAGGAAGCUAAAGUAGCUUCAAAGAAGCAUAAGAAGAAGAAAAGUAAGGAUCUUGAGAAAAAUCAAAAAAAUCCUGAUGACAAGGUUCAAGAACAUGAGAGGAUAGAGGCAGAGUUAGAAUUGGAUUCAAAAGAGGAUGGCAACAAGAAGAAGAAGAAGAAUAAAAGAAAGAAGAACGGGAAUGGUGAUGAAGAAUGUGAUAAGAGGGUUAAUCAUGUCCAAGAAGAUGAGGCACAAAAAGGGGAGGAAAGCAGGAAGAGGAAGAGGAACCAGGGAGAUGAUGUAGGAGCAAGGUUGUCUGUACAUGCAGAGGUGAAGGUGAGAAAGAAGGACAGAAUGUCUACAGCAAGUGCUCUUGGUACAGACGAAAACAAGACUGCUGGAAAUGCUGCAGAUGCAAGUUUAGAAAAUAAUCUUGGUUUUGGCAGGUGUAAGGUUGGGUCAAGGGAUGAAAUGGAGGAGAGGAGGAAAGACCAUGAAGAAGUUCAAACUUCAGGUUAUAAAAAGAGGACGAAGAGGGAGAAGGCAUUUGAUAACCCUGAAUUUGAAAAUGGUAGCUAUGAGACGGGGAAGGAAGUUAAGCAGUCAUUGAGCAUCGAAGACAACAAGGCUGCAGAAGAUGGCAUUAGUGAAAUGGCAUCUCAUGCAACAGCAAUUGGCAAGAAAAGAAAGAAGAACAAGGAAAAGAAGGAUAAAAAAGGAGAUGACCAAACAGCCAAAGGACCUUCCAAAAAUGAAGUAAAUUUGGUGGACAAGAAGACAGAGAAAAAAUCUCCUGCUGCCAAACCUGAAGGAAAUGGAGAGAUAUCUAGCACGAAGAAAAAGAAGAAAGGCUCUGAUGACUUUGAGGCUUCUGAUACAAAAAACAAAGGCAAGCGCACCAAAGAUGGUUCUGAUACAUCUGCACUAAAGAAAAAUAAAAAGAAAGUGAGUUUUUCAAGUGAAGUUGAGGUGUUUCCUGCUGGGAAUGAGAACAUGAACAAUGAAAAUACUGAAGAACCUUUAAUCCAAGGCAAACGUUUUACUCCAGAGGAAGACAAAAAGAUUAAGGAAGCAAUAGAUGAGUAUAUACUGGCACAUCAGUUGGGAGAGGAGGGCAAGCAUAUGAUUCUCAACUGUAAAAAUUACCCAGAAAUAAAAAGUUGUUGGAAGGAAAUCGGUGCUUGUUUGCCUCGUCGGCCUUAUGUUGCUGUAUAUUAUCGAGCUCAUGUUCUACUAGAAAGGAGUGAGAAGCGUAAGUGGGAUCCUGAGGAAUAUGAUAUCCUUCGGAGGUUCCAUGCAAAACAUGGAGCAGACUGGAAAACUCUAGCAGCCCAACUCAGGAAACAUAGGAUACAUCUUAAAGAUUGUUGGCGGAGGAUAAAAUCACCUAAUUUUAGAAGAGGGACCUGGUCUCAGGAUGAGUAUCAGACUUUAUUUGAUUUAGUGAACUUGGAUCUGCGGAUGAAAGCCUUCGAGGAAAAAAAGACUAAGCACGGCAUGCUGAGGGACAAUAUCUCUUGGGAAGCAAUCAGUCAGAAGCUGUCUACUCGAUAUGAUGCUGCUUGCUGUGAGAAGUGGUAUCAACAACUAACAUCACCUUUGGUCAAUCAAGGUCUAUGGGCUGACUCAGAUGACUAUCUGUUAUUGGAUGCGCUUCUUAAAGUCGAUGCAUGCUGUCUAGAAGAUGUUGACUGGGACAAUCUUCUUGAGCACAGAUCAGCAGAAAUUUGCCGAAAACGAUGGGGUCAAAUGACACGACACAUUGGUGGAUUCAAGGAGAAGCCUUUUAUCGAGCAAGUGGAAGUGCUUUCAAAACGCUAUUGCCCCGAAAUGAUUGAAUACAGAAACUGAAGCCCGCAAGUGUAUCUGAAGGUUUUUACUCGGAGUAUCCCAAAUUUUUUGUAUCUACUGUGCCAAAUGUGUAUCUGUUAACAUGUCAUAGGGAAACACCGGUUUGAGGUGCGGUUGUUGGAUGGAUAAAAAGGAUACCAGAACUAUUUUUGUUUCUCGUGGAAAUGCAACUGUGGUUUGUUUGCCUAGUGUGAUCGCCA